UUCUUUUCUCGUUCUCAUGAGAGAGAGAGAGAGAGUGAGAGGGAGACGGAUCAGACUCACUCAGCGCAGCUACUGAGAGAGACAGAGAGAGACGGAAAUGCUUGCCGCUAAAAACCCUAACCCCACUCUGCCUCGCCUGUCUCCGCCUCUCCUCAGAGGCCCGUCGAGGCGCUCCCUCCGCCCCCUCACCUUCCCUUCCCCCCUCAAGACCCGCCGCGGCCCGUCCUCCCUCGUCGUCACUAACUCCUCCUCCUCCGCCGCCGCUGAGCCGCGGCUUCAGGGCCAGUUCCGGGUCGAUGUUCUGUCCGAGUCCCUCCCCUUCAUCCAGAAGUUCCGCGGCAAGACCAUUGUGGUCAAGUACGGUGGCGCCGCCAUGAAGUCCGAGCACCUCCGGGCCUCCGUGGUUAACGACCUCGUCCUCCUCUCCUGUGUCGGCCUCCGCCCCGUCCUUGUCCACGGCGGCGGCCCAGAGAUCAACUCCAUGCUGACCCUCCUUGGGAUUCGCCCCGAGUUCAUCGACGGCCUACGCGUCACCGACGCCGCCACCAUGGAGGUCGUCUCCAUGGUCCUCGUCGGCAGCGUCAACAAGGACCUUGUCUCCCUCAUUUCGCAGGCGGGAGCCACCGCUGUCGGCCUCUCGGGCCUCGACGGCGGCCUUUUCACCGCCCGUCCGGGUCCCGACGCCGCCCGCCUCGGCUUUGUGGGGGAGGUCGCUAGGGUGGAGCCCUCGGUGCUCCGCCACCUCACCGACCAAGGCUUCAUCCCCGUGAUAGCCUCUGUCUCUAUGGACGAGAAGGGACAGAAGUAUAACAUCAAUGCGGACACAGCGGCUGGGGAGCUGGCUGCAGCCCUCGGGGCCGAGAAGCUCAUCCUGCUGACAGAUGUGCCUGGCAUCCUCGGGCAGCGGGACGACCCAGGGAGCCUCGUGAAGGAGAUCGACAUCAAGGGCGUGAAGAGGAUGGUGGAUGAAGGGAAGAUCGCUGGCGGUAUGAUCCCUAAGGUGAAUUGCUGCGUGAGGUCUCUUGCUCAGGGUGUUCGGACCGCUAGCAUCAUCGACGGGCGGGUUCCGCAUUCCUUGCUUCUCGAGAUCAUGACCGACGAAGGGACCGGAACCAUGAUCACCGGCUAAGGAGAACAAAAGAAAACGCGAAGCUUAUGUUGUUUUUUCGAGUUCAUUUCCCUGAAGAGGCGGAAGAAUUGUACUGGAAAAGAGAGCUCUUUUCGGGUUUCUGUAGCCAGCAGGAUUGCUAUCUCAGAAAUUCUAGAGCUUGUAAGUGGAACGAACACUCGAACUUAAGCUCUGUCUGUCUGUUCGUUUUAGAACAUUUUUCAUGGAAGUUCUUUCCCAGUUCGCCAUUUUAUUUGGAAACUCCGAUUCGAAUGGAACUUUGUUCACUUGCUAUUGUCAGGGGAUUAUGUCGGAAAGUCGAACUUGUGCAACAGAGUAUACAAAUCUACUGCACUGUCUAUUGGGUUGUAUUCUUCAGAUGUAUUGACUUGAAUUGUAUUGACGUGUUCAUCUCAUUUGCAGUA